AACUCAGCUUUUUGAUUCUCUGUAUAUGCUUUGUAAAGUCAACUUUAUAUUCUGACCACAGUGGCUGCCAUUUGUACUCAGCUAGAUGGUUUCUGGUUUACACAUUUGGAAACUAGGGCUCACUUCUGAAUUGCUUGCGAGUUUGUGUGUGUGUGUGUGUACAUGUGUGUGUUGUGCAUCACACUCGAGGGUAUGGUUCAGGGCCUUCUGACACUGUCUCAGCCCUGCCUUGGGACAGCGUGGGAACAGGCCCAGCAGGGAGCUCCAAGCCAGCACCCAUUUCUUUCAGUCUUUAGGCCCCUCUUUUGUGCGGCCCAGAUCCAGUCUCCCAGGCCAUCACCCAGUGGGGGGUACAUUUAGUCUUCCUUUGAAAGCUAUCUGCUUUUCUAACUCUAGUCAUCAGUGGUUUGAAAUUCUUUUAAUAUGUCCCUCCUAUUAUUGCUUUAAGAUUGAAAAAGCAGUACUGUUCUUCCACUUAUUUUGUGCUGAAUGAUAUACAUAUGUGUUUAAAGUAUUGAUACCUUAAAAUGGAAAAGUUUUGGUGUUAACACUUAGGCUAUCUGCAGUGCAUACUUGUAUUUCAGUGAGUGAUCCUUCCUAUUAAAUGCCAUUUCCCUCCUUUGCAGGAUGGAGCCAAUGGUCAGGGUGGGUAAUACCACUCCACCCCGCGUGUUUGUGUGGGGGGCACAGACACUGUUAACUAUGGAGGUGGCCUGCUGAUAAACAGUAUAGAAACUUGCUUUACUUCAGAUUUGACAGCCUUUUGUCUGCUCUGCUUCAGCACAGAAUUGUAGUAUCACCCGUGGAGGCAGAGCCCAGCCUGUCCACAGGGAAUUCUGAGGGAUUAGACUGCAGGGAGCAAGGACUGAUCCGGUUCUGUGGCCUUCUGUGAACAGCUUAGGAACAAGAGGUGUGACCCUGGUGGACUGACUGUGCUUGUCCCAGGGUCAGCUUAAGAACAUGUGCGUUUUGCUGCUUGCUUUUACAGUCCUAGAGCAAGAAAGUCUUGCUACUAUGGCUAGAGAGUAUUGAAGAACCCUGAAUUUCUUUGACCUAGCCAAAAAAAGAAAUUUUUUAAUCAUUACAAUCCUGGUAUAUGAAAACCACCAAAAAUCAAAACUGUCAUUUUUUUUUCUUGCACUAGGAAAAAUUGUCAGUUUUGGAAGACGUCAUUUUGUUCUUGGGGCUUCUCAAUGAGACAUGUUAAAAUGGACAUUGAGAAAGCAACUCCAGAGGACAAGAACCAGCCAGGGCAGUGAGUUUAGUGCUGGCCUGCCUGCUCUCCUACCCCCAGCUCCUGUGUUCUUCCUCCUCUGGUUCCCGAGCUGAGACCAGGCGGAGAUUAAGAACCAAACUGGGGGUUCAGGUUCUUUCUUUCCCUGCAGAGACAAAGGUUCACCAUGUGCUAGAAACUUCUUUACUAAGCUGCAUGUUUGGGAGAAUCCUUGGGGCAUUGGAGAUCCCAGGUUACCUUUCAGUUGGAAAAAAGGUUCUGGAAGUAAAGGGGGAGAGGUGGGGAGGAAAACUAGUUUAAAAGAUUCCUCGUAGUGAACCCAGGAGGGAUGCGGCUUCUUGGUCUCUUCUGUAACUCUGAUUUGCUCCUCAGUGCCCAUCUUGUGCCUGGGUCCUUCACGUGAGAAAAGGGAAAAGCAUUGGGGACAUUGACUUCUGCUGUGUUUACAUUCAUUAUCUUUAGUUCUUGAAACCACCCUGUUAAGGUAGGUUUGUCGCUACUGAGAAAAUUCUUUGGAGCGGCUAAGAAGCAGAGCUUGGCUUAAGAACUAUACAGCACAAAUACUUCAAGCAGAAGGAUUUUAUAUAAGAAAUCAAUUAUAUAGGUGAGCCGAGAAACCAGCCAGCCAGCCUCAGGAAGCCACUUGCCAGUCCUGGGGCUGGAGGGGCAGAGGGAACAGGUGGAACUCCAGGAGCUGGGACCACGGUGAGAGGGGCUCUGCCUCCCAUCCUCAGCCUCUCUCCCUCUCCCAGAGCCUUGGUGGGAUGUCGCUGGGAACAGAGCCUGGGGACGGAGCAGGGGCAGGAUGGGGAAGGGAUCUGGAAGGUGUUAGUCGCUCAGUCAUGUCCUACUCUUUGUGACCCCAUAGAUCGUAGCCCACCAGGCUCUUCUGUCCAUGGAAUUCUCCAGGCAAGAAUCCUGGAUUGGGCUGCCAUUAGGCCACAGGCAAAUGACCCAAGCAGUCACGUAGCUGAUAAGAACCGGAGCCGGGACGGGAGCACUCUUUGCUGUCAAAGUCCUUGGACUUCUCUCCAAACCAUCUUCUUUUCAGAAAUCUUAGACCAGACCUAGCGCUUUGCCUUUGGGGCCCGUGUCAUACCUGCUUAGGGGCAAGUGGCAUGGGCAUCCCAGAGACCGCAGUGCAUUUGUGCUCUGUGUUCCUUCUGGUGAGUGGAGCGCACCACUUGUGACCACAGAGUAACUCGAAAAAGUGGAAUGUUAGAAACUCCUCUCAAGAGCACAGAUGGAGGCUCCAGUCGGGGAGUUCCCAGACUCGAUAAGCAUUCCCACUAUUGUGGGAAUUUCUGUGCCCCUGCCCCCAUGGGGUGCCUCCGGCAGGGUUGAUUAUAUACACAAGUUUUUGGUGUUGCUGAGACUUGGGCCUCUGGGUCUUGGACUUGGGGGGAAGAGGUUCAGAAAAGAGGGAAAGUAUCUCAGAAGAGCGGAGGGAACCUCGCGUCUCCUCCAUAGCUCCUGAUAAAUGAAGCCUUUUCUCCCCAGAGGUGUGGGUGGAUAUGAUCCCCCUUUCCUCUGCCCCGUGGGACUGGGAAGCCUGUGGCCCCGCAGGGCGCGGUGCUUGCCCUGAGCUGGGGUCUCCAUUCAGGCUGCAGUGAUGGUGUGGGUGCUGGCCAAGAUGAUAAUGGAGACCGAGGAGGCAGUCUUUCAGUUCGCUUCAAGUCACAGUGCACUAGCAGCGUUGUGAAGAGAACCAGCCUUUAGAUGUGUGAAGACAUCGGAAUACAGGCAACUGGCAAUUUCAGGAGGAAGAAAAGGAGAAAAGAAAAUGAACAUUUACUGAGCAGCUGUUAGUACUGUACUAGGUCCUGGACACGUUCUCUCUUACUGGGUCUUGACGAUAAAUCUGUGUGGAUGGGCUGUUAACCCCUUUUUUACAGACAAGGUUAAACCUAUUCAAAGAGGUAAGGUAACUUGUCCAAGGCCAUGUUACUCUUGCUGGCAGCACAGGGAUUUAGAAGGUGUAAUCACUGCCGUCCCUCCUUUCUUUCUUUGCUUCCCUGUCUCAUGAUUCUGGCUGUUUUGUUAGAUGCUAAAGCAUGAGGGGUUUCUCUACAAAGAUUCAUUAGUUUGUUCUCAGGAAACCUCAGGAUAUUCCUUGUUCUUUGCAGGGAGGCCCACUGCCUCCUCAGAUGGCAGCCUGUUCACUCCUCCUUUUCUGAGCUGGAAGGGGUUAGUGGGAGAGAGAACGCAGAAAGUGAGGAAAGUUCUAGAAACCAGAGGGACCAAGUAUAUUUUAUUUACUCAGUGUCUGUACCAGCUCCUUUAAAACAGAACAGUUUUAUUUGAACCAUUGAUGGUUACCACUGAUAUUUACCCUUUCUCCAGCCCAUGGCUGCAGGGGCUGGUCCUAAAAGAUAAGCUAAACGUUUUUAAAAAUUUCAAGGUGACGUUAAAAGUCAUAUGCCAUGUCUCUCUGGGUCUUGACUGUGUUUUCUGCCCAGUACUUUUUGAAGUAGCUUGGGAAGAUAGUAAGGGAAGCUAUCAAACAGCUGAAGAGGUUGAGUUAUUGUGGUGAUAGAUUGAUGGUUUAGAAGCAAAGUCUAGAAUAGGGAGGGAGGCAAGGUUGCCCACUUUCUUAUCCUUUUCCUGACCAUCAGCUUGAGGGAAAACAGCUUAGUGUCCUCUAAGAAAAUACACUUAAUCUGCAUUUAUAUUGAAUUGUUAUGUGAUCCAAUUUACAAAAUUCCUUAAUGCAUAUUGGAGAAUACUGUCAUAUCUGUUCUCUCAAACUCAGUUUUAUUGUUAACUUGAAGGAGUGUGUUUUUCAGAUUCUUGAGGCAUAAUAUUUUUGUUUUUAAUCAAGUACCCAAAGAAUAAUUUGAAGUUGAUUUUUCUAUGACUAGAAGCUGUGGUUAUGAGUGAUAUUAAAUAUGAAACCUUAUUUAAUUCUUUAACCCCAGACCCCUUAGAUACACAAUGGAAAUACUGAAUUCUAAGCCUAACUCUAACUUACUCAUUCCACAAAUAUUUAUUAGGUGGCCACACACCCUAGGGAACUUUCAGGGCAUGAAGUUGUUUCAAUCGUCCAAGAUAAUGUAGCAAAUAUAUUGUCCUCCUUGAAGGCCAUUUGCUUCUCAAACUGCCUCUCCUCUUUUAAUUAAUCAGUCCCUUUGAUCUUUGUACACCUGGAUUUUAGGGCAGGGCAUGUUUCAGUACUUAAUGAGUAUAAAUUAAUCUAUCUCUCCUGACUAAGGUAUGACCUACUGUAGGGUAGGGAUUGUGUCAGAGGCAUUUUCGUAACGCUGGUGGCUGGCACCAUGCCCGGUGCUUAUUUAAUAGUAGCUGCUCACAAAUGUGAGGCCGUGUCUGUUACUGCCCUCUCGGAACUCGGUAUUUUUAAUCUGGGGUAGAUGAAAGGACAGAGGAGAAGAUGUCACUUCCAACUGAGAUGCUCAGAGAGGACAUCCUGGAGUGGGUAGCAGUAUAUCUAGUUUGUUUUUCGCUUUUUUUUUUUUAAGCUGGUAAGAUUUGUUUUGGUUCAAACUGCCGUUGGAAGCCGGAGGAAGCGUGAGGGCGUGAACUGGCCUGUGUCCGUGUGUUGGGUCGCUAGGGCUAAAAAGGUGAGCGUGGGGCUGGCUGCGGAGGGCCUUCGGUGCCCAAGUGUGGUGUUUCAGACUUAUAUGAGGCAUCUGGAAAUCACGGGAGGUUUUGGAAAGGGUAAGACACAUGAGCUGGGUGUGGCAGGAAGUUUAUUAUGGCCUCUGCUUGGGCAGGUUAGGGGCAGAGAGAUGCUGAUGCGUUGGCAUCAGCCCAGCACUGAGGAUCUAUAAUUAAUACUCCAGUUUUUGCCUCCUUUGUUAGCCUUUUAAGAAAAAAAUUUUUAACCCCCUCCCCCCAUUUUAAAGGAGGGAGUAGAGUUUUCUCUUUCCAUUAGCUCCGUCAUGAAACCAUUUGUGCUCAAGUUUGCACACCCUGCUGUUCCUGGGUUUUAACAGAAACUCAUCACCAACGUAUCCAUCACUCCGUUGAUGAAAGGAGAGGAAGAAGGAGUCAGAAGUUGCCAGUUUGCCUUUAGGAUGGAUUGUUUUCUUCCCUGGUAACACGAGGGGGUUUCUCUCUUUUUGCCCUUUCCCACGAUCCAUUUGCUCUCACCAUCUUCAUUCAGAGGGAGGAGUGUCAUCCUUGCCUUCCAGCCCCAGGGAUUUGCAGUAUUCACCCAAGAGUGAACACACAGACAGUAUCCUGUCUUUUCUCUUCCAGGGGCUCUGUUUCUGCACGCCCUUGAGCUAAGAGAGGUGGGCAUCUUGCAAUGUUGGCGAAGGCAGCUGCAGUCUCUGGGGCUCUUCCCACCACCAGCCAGGUGCUGUGUGCUUUCACACACUAAUUUUGUCCUGUGGAUUCCUUACUCCACCCUGUGAGUUAAGGAACCUUAACCCUGAUUUGUAGGGAGAGAACCAGGGUCCAGAGAGCUGGAGUGAUUGUACGGGGGGAUGUGCCUCAGUUUUAUCGUCAUUAGAUGUGGCUGAACCUAUGUAUAGUGUAGAAUUAGGUGAGAAGAGAACUGGGCAUGAGGAUCCGGCACACAGUAUACACACGGCAGCUCUGAGAUUGCUGUCAUAAGUAUAUAUCUUCAUUGGGGAUGUUUAAGUGUGUGGGAUCUGAGAUUUCCUUGGCCCACUUGAAGAAAAAUCCCUCCCUGAAUCCAUGCCCCUUGUCAUUCUUUGCUGUAAGCGUCUCAUUCCCCUAUGGCUUGUCCUGGCCUCACGUCAGGGCCUGAUUGUUGCAGAGACGGAAGACCAGUCCAUGGCAAGGCCUUCCGUGUGCCCUGGGACACAGAGGGGCCCACACUGCCCUGUCUCCUCCGUGGGGCCCUCUAGCCUGUCCACUGGAUGCCCUGCUUAAGGGACUGCCAGAGCUCCCUUGUACAGUUCGCCCCGGCAGGACCGCUGUGUGCGGCCUCCUCGAAGAGGCCUUGGGUGUGAAAGGGCCUCUGUCCUGUGAGUGAUCCUGAGGCACACACCGGGGGUGGAUCUCCCCAUGACUGGUUCUAGAGGACAUGGAUUUGAUUGACAUACUUUGGAGGCAAGAUAUAGAUCUCGGGGUAAGUCGAGAAGUAUUUGACUUCAGUCAACGACAGAAGGAGCAUGAGCUGGAAAAACAGAAAAAGCUUGAAAAGGAAAGACAAGAACAACUCCAAAAGGAGCAAGAGAAAGCCUUUUUUGCUCAGUUACAACUAGAUGAAGAGACCGGUGAAUUCCUCCCCAUUCAGCCAGCACAACACAUACCAUCAGAAACCAGUGGGUCAGCCAACUACUCCCAGGUAGCCCACAUUCCCAAAGCAGAUGAUUUGUACUUUGAUGACUGCAUGCAGCUUUUGGCAGAGACAUUCCCGUUUGUAGAUGACAAUGAGGUUUCUUCGGCUGCGUUUCAAUCACUUGUUCCUGAUAUUCCCAGCCACACCGAGAGCCCAGUCUUCACUGCUCCUCAUCAGGCUCAGUCACCUGAAACUCUGGUCGUUCAGGUAGCCACUGCAGAUCUAGACGAUAUGCAGCAGGAGAUUGAGCAAGUUUGGGAGGAACUGUUAUCCAUUCCAGAAUUACAGUGUCUUAAUAUUCAAAAUGACAAGCUGGCUGAGACUAGUACAGUUCCAAGUCCAGAAACCAAACUGACAGAAAUUGACAAUUAUCAUUUCUAUUCAUCAAUGCCCUCACUGGAUAAAGAAGUAGGUAACUGCAGCCCACAUUUUCUCAACGCUUUUGAGGAUUCCUUCAGCAGCAUCCUCUCCACUGAAGACUCCAGCCAGUUGACAGUGAACUCAUUAAAUUCAAGUGCCACAGUAAAUACAGAUUUUGGUGAUGAAUUUUAUUCUGCUUUUGUAGCAGAGCCCAGUACCAGCAAUGCCAUGCCCUCCUCUGCUACUUUAAGCCAGUCACUCUCUGAACUUCUGGAUGGGCCCAUUGAUCUCUCGGAUCUGUCGCUGUGUAAAGCCUUCAAUCAAACCCACCCUGAAAGCACCGCAGCAGAGUUCAAUGACUCCGACUCUGGCAUCUCACUGAACACAAGUCCAAGCGUGGCGUCACCAGACCACUCAGUGGGGUCUUCUGUCUACGGGGACACACUGCUUGGCUUCAGUGAUUCCGAAAUGGAAGAGACAGACAGUGCCCCUGGAAAUGUCAAACAGAAGGGUCCCAAAACACAGUCAGUGUGGCCUUCUGGGGACCCUGUCCAACCUCUGUCAUCAUCGCAGGGGAAGAGCGCUCCGGCACGUGAUUCCCAGUGUGCAAAUGCACCAAAGAAAGAAGUGCCUGUAAGUCCUGGUCAUCGAAAAACCCCAUUCACAAAAGACAAACAUUCAAGCCGCCUGGAGGCUCACCUCACAAGAGAUGAGCUACGGGCAAAAGCUCUCCAUAUCCCAUUCCCUGUAGAAAAGAUCAUUAACCUCCCAGUUGAGGACUUCAAUGAAAUGAUGUCCAAGGAGCAAUUCAAUGAGGCUCAACUUGCGUUAAUUAGAGAUAUACGUAGGAGGGGUAAGAAUAAAGUGGCUGCUCAGAAUUGCAGAAAAAGAAAACUGGAAAAUAUAGUGGAACUGGAGCAAGAUUUAGAUCAUUUAAAAGAUGAAAAAGAAAAAUUGCUCAAAGAAAGAGGAGAAAAUGACAAAAGCCUCCAUCUACUGAAAAAACAACUCAGCACCUUGUAUCUUGAAGUCUUCAGCAUGCUACGUGAUGAAGAUGGGAAGCCUUACUCUCCAAGUGAAUACUCCUUGCAACAAACAAGAGAUGGCAAUGUAUUCCUUGUUCCCAAAAGCAAGAGGCCAGAUAUUAAGAAAAACUAGAUUUUGACCUUUUCUGAUCUAGUGAUUUUGGGUUUUUUUGUACUGUUAUACUAAAAAAGCUCCUACUGUGAUGUGAAAUGCAGAAAUAUACUUUAUAAGUAAUUCUAUGCAAAAUUAUACUCAACUAGUGUAGAAAAUAUAAAACUUUUAAGAAGCAUUAAAAUAAGUUAUCAGUAUGCUGAAUCAGUAGAUUCACUUUAACUUUGUAAACUUAAAAUUUCUUAGAACACCAUUUGGGCUAGUUUCUAUAUACUGUAAAUACUACAAAAACUCCUUAUUUAUACUGUUCUUAUCUCAUUUGUUACCUUCAUAGAUUUAUAUGAUACAUCUGGCUAAAAAGCAAAUUGUUGCAAAACUAACCACUAUGUACUUUUUUUUUUUAUAAAUACCAUAUGAACAAAAAAAAUGGCAUUUUUUUUAUAUUAAAUUGUUUAGCUCUGGCAAAAGACAAUUUAGUUGAAAAACUGGUACUAAUAAAGGAAUAUCAGGACCGUUCUAUUA